CCCACCCCCACCCCCGCUGUGAGCCCCUCCUUGCAGAAGCACAGCUCGCCUCCACAGCCCGGGAGCUCAGCAUGCGUCCCGCGGGCUUCAGGAACUUCUUGCUGCUGGCGUGCUCCCUCCUCUUCGCGGGGCUGUCAGCUGUUCCUCAAAACUUCUCGCCAUCUCUGAGGAGCGGGCCAGGCGCCGCGUGCAGGCUGUCCCGGGCCGAGUCCGAGCGCCGCUGCAGGGCGCCCGGGCAGCCCCCAGGGGGCGCUCUGUGCCACGGCCGGGGCCGGUGCGACUGCGGGGUCUGCAUCUGUCACGUGAGCGAGCCGGGCGUGUACUUCGGGCCCCUGUGUGAAUGCCACGAAUGGGUGUGCGAGACCUACGACGGGAAGACCUGCGCAGGCCAUGGUAAGUGUGACUGCGGAAAGUGCAAAUGUGACAAAGGAUGGUCUGGGGAUGCUUGCCAGUACCCAACUAAUUGUGAUCUGACAAAGAAAAAAAGUAACCAAAUGUGCAAGAAUUCUCAAGAUAUCAUCUGCUCUAAUGCAGGUACAUGUCACUGUGGCAGAUGUAAGUGUGACAAUUCAGAUGGAAAUGGACUCGUUUAUGGCAAAUUUUGUGAGUGUGAUGAUAGAGAAUGCAUAGAUGAUGAAACAGAAGAAAUAUGUGGAGGCCAUGGAAAGUGUUACUGUGGAAACUGUUACUGUGAUGCUGGUUGGCAUGGAGAUAAAUGCGAAUUCCAGUGUGAUAUCACCCCCUGGGAGAGCAAGCGAAGAUGCACAUCACCAGAUGGCAAAAUCUGCAGUAACAGAGGGACUUGUGUGUGUGGUGAAUGUUCUUGCCACGAUGUUGAUCCAACUGGAGACUGGGGAGAUAUUCACGGAGACACCUGUGAGUGUGAUGAAAGGGAUUGUAGAGCUGUCUACGACAGAUAUUCUGAUGACUUCUGUUCGGGUCAUGGACAAUGUAACUGUGGAAGAUGUGACUGCAAAGUAGGCUGGUAUGGGAAGAAGUGUGAGCACCCACGUUCCUGCCCACUGUCGGCUGAGGAGAGCAUCAAGAAGUGCCAAGGGAGCUCUGAUCUGCCCUGCUCCGGAAGGGGUAAAUGUGAAUGUGGCAAAUGUACCUGCUACCCGCCGGGGGACCGCAGGGUGUAUGGGAAGACGUGCGAGUGUGAUGAUCGCUGCUGUGAAGACCUCGACGGUGUAGUCUGUGGAGGCCACGGCACGUGUUCCUGUGGCCGCUGCGUGUGCGAGAGAGGAUGGUUCGGAAAGCUCUGCCAACACCCCAGGAAGUGCAACAUGACGGAGGAACUGAGCAAGAGUCUGUGUGAAUCAGCAGAUGGCAGACUGUGCUCCGGAAAGGGUUCUUGUCACUGUGGAAAGUGCAUUUGUUCUGCUGAAGAAUGGUACAUUUCAGGGGAAUUCUGCGACUGUGAUGACAGGGACUGCGACAAACAUGAUGGUCUCAUUUGCACAGGGAAUGGAAUAUGCAGCUGUGGAAACUGUGAGUGCUGGGAUGGAUGGAACGGAAACGCAUGUGAAAUCUGGCUUGGCACAGAAUACCCUUAACAAUGAGAGACGACUGGGUUCUUCUUUGUCUAGGCCAUUAGAAAUAUAAAUGCAGAGGAAGCCAUGUAUAAUCACCACGAGGACAGGUCCAACAGACUGUUGUAUGUUUUUCUAUUUCUGAAAGCCCGGAUGAAAUCUGGAUACCCAUUAAAAAUGAGUUAAGCAAACUCAGAUGUAAAUAACACCAGAAAAGAAAUUUUUCUCCUACAAUUUACAUCAGUGGUUCUCAACAAGGGUGACUUUGCCACCCAGAAAACAUCUGGCAAUGUCUACAGACAAUUCUGAUGGUCACACUGGGUGGGGUUGGAGGGUGCUCUUCAGGCGUCUAGUGGGUAGAGGUCAGGGAUACGGCUAAACACCCAACAGUGCACAGGACAAUCCCAACGAUGAAGAAUUUUCUGACUUCAGAUGUCAUUAGUUGCGAGUUGAGGAAAGCUGAAUUACAUGGUUGUUAAAAAUGCACAUCCCUACACAAGAAAGGCCAUUUUAAACUCGAAGAAAAAGAGCCUUACAUAAAUCCAUUGAUCAUAUGUUGCCAGGAUUUCCCAUCACUCAGUGUUUCCAUAUGGAAAUGAAGGCAAACACACUUGAAGUACAAUGUUGGAUUGGGGUGGGGGUGGAGGGGGGCAGAGGCCAGAUCACCAAUGCUUUUAGUCAUUAAGUCAUUUGUCUAGUCUCACUUUAAACUCACAAAAGAAGUUCUCUUAAGAUGAAGGAAGAAAUUAUGGAAAAUGUACAAUUUAACAUUUUUAAUAAAUAGUGACAUAAGUUGUUUA